AUGCAACAACAAGAAGAAGAAGACCAAGACAACGCCAACAACAUCAGCAACAACAUCAACAACGGUGGUUACGACUAUGAGGAAGACUCACUGCUCCACCUGAUUGUCGGCGUCCAGUCCUAUCUGUCCGAAUUCAACACCAUGAACGUCGACAGAAACGACUCACCCUUGGUCGAUCUGCAAUACAAGAUGUACACUUACCUCAAGCAACGUGCCUGUGAGAUGGGUGUUGACAUGGAAACCGCUGCUGCUGCCCAGCAACAAGAACACCAGUUACCACCCUUUUAA